UGGUGCAGGCGUGUGCACCUAGAUCUAGGUGCACCGGGAUUAAAACGCAAACAUUUUAAAACAAAACGCGUAUUUUCAUUAAUUCUGCAGUUAAAAAGAACAAGUCUCACAAUACAAAAGAACAUCAUGUGCUCUGUUCUUCCCUGUUUAGUUUUCGCGAUUUUUUUUGUUGUUCGCUCCUUUUUGCGGGUAUUUAUAUGUCUGGGCUUCAUAAUUUUGAAUUCAAAAAGUGUGAAUAGGAGAGAGAAAGCUUACAUUUGUGCAUAAAUUUUUUUUAGAGAGAGAAACUGAUGGAAAAUUCUCAAAUAUUCCAUGAUUUCUCUGUUUCAACAUCAAUUUCGAAUGAUUCUUUUUCUUGUCAUCUGAAUUCUUCAGCUGAAAAUCAGAGUUACGAAGAUAUAUUAAAUAAUGCAGUUAAUAAUUCAGAACAAAAUGAUGCUAAUGAGGAUCCAGAAUCCUAUGUGGUUGUUGGCCAAGAUUUUGAAGAACCAGUUUCAUUAGAGGGAAGUGUAGUUAAGGAUGAUGAUGAGGCGUAUGAGUUAUACAACAGUCAUGCAUUUAGGAAUGGUUUUGGUACUAGGAAGGGUAAAAAGGAGUAUAGAAGUGGUACUAGAAUAGUUCGACAACGGUUUUUUGUUUGUGCAUACGAGGGGUUUAAAAAUCCAGAUGGUGUUGUGCCUAAAUCCUUUAAAAAAAUUGAUAGGAGAACUGGAUGCAAGGCUUCAGUUCAGUUUGAUGUUGAUAAGAAAACUGGAGUGUAUGUUCUUUCUAAACAUUCCCGUCUGCAUAACCAUUCAAUGGUUCCUGCUAAUAAGAGACACCUUAUUAGGUCACAUAGGCACAUUUCAAAAGAACAAUUGGCUUUUCUUACUACUUUUACUUGUAGUGGCACGAAGCUUGCUGAUGUUCUUAGAGCUAUGAGGAAAGAAGUUGGUGGUGAGGCGAAUUUAGGGUUCACUGUUCCUGACGCGUAUGAUGCUGUUUUGGCAGAGAAGAAGAAAAAGUUGGAUGGUUGUGAUUCAAAUCAGUUGAUCAGAUGGUUCGCUAUGAGGCAAGCUAAAGAACAUGAUUUUUAUUAUGAUUUUCAAUUGAAUGAAGAGAAUCAGUUGAUCAAUUUUUUUUGGAGAGAUGGAAGAAUGCGGUCUGAUUAUGAAGCUUUUGGUGAUUUAUUGAUUCAUGAUACAACUUAUCGUACUAAUAAAUACGAUAUGAUUUGUGGGUCUUUUGUUGGAAUGAAUCUUCACACUCAAAAUAUCAUGUUUGGAGUGGGUUUUAUAUUGAAUGAGAAGGCAGGUACUUUUGACUGGCUUUUUAAUUCUUUUUUGACUUCAAUGGGAGGGAAGCAACCUGUGACUAUCAUGACUGAUCAAUCUUCUGCCAUGGACAAGGCUAUAAGGGAAGUGUUUCCAAAAUCGAGGCAUCGGUUGUGUACAUGGCACAUUGGGGAAAAUGUUGUUGUAAACAUCAAAGGUGUUAUGGCCAAAGAAGGUUUCAAACGUCGGUUUGAUUAUGUUUUGAAAUAUAUUGACACAGUUGCUGAGUUCGAGCAUUAUUGGAAUAGUCUUAUGACUGAUUACAAUUGCAAGACACACAAAUGGAUAGAGAGGUUAUAUGAUUUGAAAGAGAAAUGGUGUCCUGCAUAUAACAAAGAGUGGUUUUCUGGGGGUAUUUUAUCUUCUCAAAGGAGUGAGACGACAAAUCAUUCUAUUUCUAGGAGGUUGCAUAAAACGAAUGGUUUAUGUGAUUUUUAUAAGUGUUUUUUAGAUGUAAUUGAUGAAUGGAGAAGGAGAACAAGGGAGAUUAUAAUUCUUCUACUGGAAAUAGAUAUUACGCAUGUGCGGAUAACAUUUUCUAAGUACAUUGUUGGGCAUCCUACAAAGGAUUUUAUUAGACAUGUUGUGAUGUUUAAUGAGAAAGAGAUGGUUGUUGAUUGUACUUGCAAGUCAUAUGGAGAGAUAGGAGUUCUUUGUUCUCAUAUUCUUCGAGUUUUCAUUGUCCAUAAUGUUGAAGAGAUUCCCAAACAAUACAUUAUGAAGAGAUGGACCAAAAAGGCUAUGAACACGAUUGUUGAAGAAGGAGAAGACAGAGAUAAUGAAGUAAGUGUUGUUUCUGCUUCAGUUUGGAGGAUGCAAAGCAUAAGAAAUUGCAUUAAAGUUAUAAAUGAAGCUCAACAUUGUCCGGCUGCAAGGAAGCUUAUUGAUUUGGGUGUGUUGGAUAUGUCAUGCAAAGUAAAGGAGUAUAUUGGUGGUGUUGAAGGGGAUGGUAAUGUAUCAAACAAGUAUGUGCGAGAAGAAACUCUACUUGAUGUCGUUGAGCCUUCAACAGACACAGUUUUGCCGGAUGUUGUGGAACCGAUUGCUGAAAAAGUCAUUCCAACAAUGAUUCAAAAUCCACCAAAGCGAAAGAGGAAGAUUAAGAACGGGACUGAAAAGGCUAAUGAGAGGAAUGUGAGACCUAAAGGAAUUGUUGAGAAGAAACGCAAUAAACUGAAAGGUUGGAACAAGAGAAGAGAAAGACAUGUUGAUAAUUUGAGGGAGGAAACUCAGUCUACUGAUCAGUGUAUCAUAAAUUUACCUGUUGGUGGGGUUUUGGUUCAUCCAACAUCUUCAAAUCCAAAAUUGGAAGCAUAUGUUCCAGAUGAUUAUUUUGGAGUACACAUACAACCUUUGUAG